AUGAUAACUUCCGGCUCUGUAGAGUACCCAGCGCUCACACGCUGGUACAUCGACACGCGCCCUCUAACAAGCACGACAACCACCCUCCCGCUGCUGCACACCCUCCGCGAACCCGACCAAACAGCCGUCCAGAAGUUCUACCACCUAAAAGACAAGCACAUGUCCCUCGCCUCCGCCCUCCUAAAAUACCUCUUCAUCCACCGCACCUGCCGAAUUCCCUGGUCCGCCAUCAGCAUAAGCCGAACACCAGAUCCGCACCGGAGACCAUGUUUCAUUCCACCAGCUGCGAGCGGGGAUAGCGCCAACGGAAAAGUACAGAUUCCGGAAAUUGAGUUCAAUGUUAGUCACCAGGCGUCGAUGGUUGCCAUUGUUGGAACGACGAUACGGGCGCCGACUGGCGCGGAGGGCGACAAUGAGGAAGGGUGGAAGAAGCCCGAGGUCGGUGUUGACAUUACAUGCGUGAACGAGCGGCAGAGUCGCUCAAGUGAGGGUCGGAGUCUUGCGGCGUUGGCUGAAUACAUCGAUAUAUUCAGCGAAGUCUUCUCAGCACGGGAAUUGGCCGAUAUGAGGUCUCUGACCGGGGCACCGUCGGAAAUACGCUCAGCUGAGCACCGGCUUGUGGACUAUGGAUACAGGUUAUUCUACACGCAUUGGGCGCUCAAGGAGGCCUAUAUCAAGAUGACGGGGGAGGCGUUGUUAGCUCCGUGGUUGCGCGAGCUGGAGUUUAGUAAUGUUGUUGCGCCGGGGGUGGAAAGCGGGGAAGGAGUGUUUGGGGAGCCGUAUCGCGGUGUUAAGACGACGUUUUAUAAGCAAGUUGUGGAGGAUGUGCGGAUUGAGGCUGUUGCGCUAGAGAAAGAUUACCUGUUUGCGACAGCUGCGAGGGGCGGUGGGGUUGGGGCAGCGUCUGCUGGUGGUGAUGGUAAGGAUCCAUGGCUGCCAUUCGAGAGGCUAGAUAUCGAGCAGGAUAUCAAGCCUUGUGCGAUGGGAACGUGUGACUGCCUAUCAUAG